AUAUAAAAGUUAUGUUCAUCUUUAAAAAUGCUGAACAAUUAAGAAGAUAAAAAGGAAAAGUGAAAGACAACAUCCUCAUACCUCCUUUCCAAAGAAAGUUUCAUGUUCAUGUUAUGCUCAGGUUCAUACUAUGCCAGGUUUAUUGCAAAGUACUAAGGGUAUAAUGCCAAAUAUGAUAUGAUCCCUGUUUAUAAGGAAACUUAAAAGUCUAAUACAACUCUUAGCUAUGAAAUAAGUAUGAUAAGGUGCCACGAUAGAAGUAUAUACAUGAUACAAUGGAGAGCUUGGUCACUUCUAUCUGGUAGGGGUAAAGGAGAUCAGGAAAGGUUUGAGGGAGGAAAUGGCCAUUGAGUUGAAUUGACUUUAAUAUGUUCCACAUUAUAUGAAAGCAAAAAUGGGAGGGUUUAAGGGGUUGGGCUGACAUAGUCAGACAGAUACAUGAGAGAAAAGCCAUGGAAUUCUUAAGUAACUUUGUGUUUUGGGAGAACAAUAAGCAAUGUGUUCUGGCUGAUGUGUAGAGUUGGAGAAGGAAGACGCUGACAAGAAGUAAGUAUAGAAAAUUAUAAAGGGCCUAUUAUAUUACACUCAGGUAUUUUGAUUCUAAGUCCAUAAAUUGAGCUCAUGGAAGGAUUUAAACAGGAAGUGACAUAAUGAAUUUUGUGUUUUUAGAAGACCAUCUAGGCUGCAAUGAGGAGGAUGAAUUGAAGGAGUAGGAAAUUGGAUGAACUAAUAGCUAGGUAUUUCGCACUAGUCUAAACAUGAGAUUAGAGGAAUCUGAACUGAAGUAGUAUGGGAAUGAGGAGGAGGAAUCAGAUGCUGAGGAGGUAGAGUUUAAAAAAUUGGCGACUGGUUAGAAGUGGGAAGACAAGGAAAGAAAAACAUAGGUUGACUAGGUCCCAUAGGAUGUUAUGUAGAUAGCGCUGCUGAUAACUGAGAUAGAAGCUACAGGAGGAAUUAAGAAUGAUGAUGAAUCCAAUUUGAGUUUGAGAUGCCUGGAAGAGAAGGAAUGUGCAGUUGUAUUUGCCCGAAGACACUUGCAUAUGCUGCAUGUGGGGUGCAGGUGCUAGAAUCGAUGUUCUUCUAGUGACUAAAUAGACUAUAAUAACCUUCUUCAAAAGGAGCUUACUUUCUACAGCUAUAAACCAGAAGAAAUGGAGCGCCGGCCUCCCUCUUCAGUUUGGCGUCCGGUGGCCCUGACCCUGCUGACUUUGUGUUUGGUGCUGCUGAUUGGCCUGUUAGCCCUGGGGCUUGUGUUUUUUCAGUUCUAUCAGCUUUCCAAUACUCAGCAAGACAGCAUUUCUCACAAGGAAGAAAGACUGGGGAAUCUCUCCCGACAGCUGCAGUCUCUCCAAACCAAGAACAGGAAGCUUGCAGAAAUCCUACAGCGCGUGGCUGAAAAACUGUGUCGAGAGCUCUAUAACAAAAGUGGAGAACACAGAUGCAGCCCUUGUCCAGAAGAAUGGAAGUGGCAUGGGGACAAAUGCUACCGAUUCUGUAGAGAGAGCAAGAAUUGGCAGGGCUGUGACUAUUUCUGCAUCGCUGAGAACGCGACCAUGCUGAAGAUAAACACACAAGAAGUGCUGGGCUCUCUCGCAACGGCAGUGGCAAAGCCUGGCUGUGGACUGACGGAGCCCCGUACUCCCCUGAACUAUGAACUGAUGCUUCUAAGAACAAGUAUGGAAAUUGAGGGGCUGAAAGGAAAGAGCUUGGUGACCCCAUCUCUCCAGUUUGAGAUUAUAAUAGAUUUUACUAGCCUAAGAAGCAGGGACUGUGUGACCAUCCUCAAUGGAAAGGCUUUCUCGAAGGACUGCAAAGAGUUGAGGCGGUGUGCAUGCGAAAGAAAGGCGGCCAUGGUGAAGCCCGAGAGCCUCUAUUAGCUUCCCUGAGCCAUUAUAUGGAGGUGAUGGACUCUCCCACCAUAACUGCAAUGUCAAGCUCCCCUCAGGGAGACUGAAGAUCAGAACAGAAGUCAAUCUCUUUAUGUGCAGCUGUAAGAGUUUGGUUUCAGUUCCUAUUUUUCCCCAUGUGAUCCAUAUUUAUACAACAAUUCAGCAUAAAGAUUGAGCCAAGCAAAAUCAAUGCAAAGGAUAUUUGAGACAUUGGAACAUGGAAAAAAAAGUUAGGAAAAGCAAUUUUUCUGACUGGUGCAAGAAGGAUUUUCAUGCUUCCUGUUCAGGAUCCCCAGCACUCCUGAGCUUGGGUUCAUGCAUAUAUUUACCAGUCACAAAGAAAUCCGAUGUGCCAACAACCAGUCUCAGAAUCUCAUAAAGUUGUAAUCCACCUUCUUGACUUAGAGAUCACAUCUAGUGUUCUUCCUUCUCAGCAUCUAGUAUCAUCCCCCUGUUUCCACGUCUUUCUUCAUAUUUGGAGAAGUGAGAAACUUACUGAAGUAGAGGAAAUAAAUGUACGUAACAUUCUUUGCCCCAAAGGUCAAGUAGUCUGUGAGAAAUUAGCAAUCAUUUCCUAUACUGUGCUCCUAAAUACAUAAUUAAUUCUUUCUGUUUGCUUCACUCCAUAUUUUUCCCUUCCUAGUCUUUCAAUAAAGCCCCUAUCUGCCAUGUCAAUGGGCUGCUUUCCACUGGGAUAAUUCUCUUAGUUAGAAUCUUAACUUCUUACGAACGUACCUCCCCAUAUCCAUUGAGAACUCCAACAAUUGGGACACCUGGGUGGCUCAGUCAGUUCUUGAUUUCAGCUCAGGUCGUGAUCUGAGGGUCCUGGAAUCGAGC